AUGUAUACUUUAAAACCUAAUUUUUCAUUGGAUUUCACCGUUAUACCUGCGCCAGUAAUGUAUACUCUUCCUUCAUAUUAUGGAGAUGAAAUUACAAAUUUGAAUACAAAUUCAUCAUCUUCUGAUGAUAAAAUUAACUAUGAGAUACCAGAAUUUGUUGAAAAUGAAUUUAUUUCUCAACAAGCAAAACUUAUAAAAGAUAUUAUUGCUUUGAAAAAAAAUUUUGAUCAAUUAAUAUCAAAGUAUGCUUCUGAACCAGCAAAAGAAACUGUUUCAAAGGAAAUUCCAGACUCUAAAACAAAAGAAAACCAAGGAAAGAAAGAAAAACAAGAGAAGAAAGAAAAGGUAUCAUCCAACAAUAAAGAUGCUCCUUCAAAACCGGUACCUAAAGUAUUUGAAUAUGAUACAUCUCUUAAAGAUUCAGCAUAUAUUCAAAGAACAGAUCUUAAAUCUUCCAAUCCUUAUUGUUUACCCCCAACACUUAUAAAAUUUAAGGAACAGAAAAAUGUACCAAAAAAAAAUAUUACCGUUGAGUUGUCUUCAACUAACUCUACUUGGUUUGAUGUAUUGGAGGCAGCUGCAAAAAAGAACAAUUUACCAUUUGAUGUAAAGGUAAUUAAAAAUGACAAAACUACUAUUCCAAAAGCUUCUUCUGAAGGAGUUGUUGCUGAAGGUUUGGUUCCAGUUUGGAAAUUCCUUGGAUCUGUAAUGGGUAUAUAUUCAUAUGAUUCUGAUGUCUUUUCAAAUACUAUUGAUAAAUUUUUAAAUUUAUUUGCAUUCCAAAAUAGUACAAAAGUUUCUGAUGAUACAUGGAGUAAAGUUGGAAUAUUCUUAGGGACAUAUGAUACAUUAUCUGGAUCUAGUGAUUAUUCACUUGCUGACAUUAUUGCAUAUGGAGAGUUUUUAAAAAACAAAAAGGAGUAUUGCAAUAAUAUUGAAAUUUGGGCUAACCGAGUAAAAUCAUUAAUUUAA